AUGUCUGAGAAGGAACUCGGUAAAAAGUGGGACCGCUGCCUGGCAGACGGUGUGACUAAACUGGGUACUGGUCUCGGGCUAGGAAUUGUGUUUUCUGUUCUGUUCUUCAAAAGACGUACAUGGCCUAUUACGUUAUUCUCAGGAGCUGGACUUGGGAUGGCGUAUGCCAACUGUCAGAAUGACCUGAGGUCACAUUAUCUGCCGCACAGAAGCCAAAAGCAGGAGCUGUAACUUCGACCCAUCAAGCAGUUUUGUUUUUUUUUAAUAUCAUUUUUGCAAUGAUUUGGUUUUUGCUGUUGGAGUGUCACAGUUUGCAUUAUGCUACAGUUGGAUCUGUGUCUUCCCAUGGAGUUACCGUCCUAAAAAUGAUUGUAUGAGUUUUUUUUUCUGCCUGAUCAGAGCAAUCUGUGUGUAUUUAAUAAAAUAAUUGAUGAUGAAAUAAAUAUAUGAUGGAUGAAU